AUGAAAUCAACGUGGAUUUCACCCUUAUUAAUUAUCCUACUUAUUUGUUAUUCUAGUAUAAAGAAUGUACAAAGUAUUGAUGAGUUAGAUUUAGCACUAUGUGGAAGUAAUGGAGAUAAAUUUCUAGAAACAUCAGAGUUAUUUAUUACUAAAGGAGCAUAUUUUUAUGCUGAUUUAAUGAUGAAGAUGAUGGAAGGACCAUGGCCAACUUGGUCCAAUGGAAAUCCUUUAACAAAAGAUGAAGUAAAAGAUUAUAUAGUAAAAAAAAUAAUUUUAACAGCUCCUUUACGUUUAAGACAAUCUUUAACUAUGGCUGAAAAAGUUAAAGAUAAUAUCUGGACAAAUUGGUUGAGUAGAAUGAGACAAUAUCCAACUACUUUGCGUUUAAUUAAUGAUAUAAGGUUUACAGUAUUUUUAUGUGGGUCUAAGAUAUUAUAUUAUAAAAUUUUGACUAAAUAUGUUGAUAGAAUUAAUAGGAAAUAUAGUUAUAAUUUUAAUUUAAUGGAAGAUAAAAUUAUUAAAGCAGCUAUAGAAAUGCAUAAAAAAUCAAAAAAAAAGUUAGAAAAUAAAAAGAUUGAGGAAAUAAAAAAUAAAAGUUCAUCAAGAGAUUUAAUAAAACAAAAAAAAUUAGGAUUUUUGAUUGAAAGUCCUUCAUAUCCUAAAGUUGAAUUACAAGAAUCUGAAUUGGUAGAAAUUGGAACAUCUGGAACAUUUGAUAAUUCUGAAUUAGAAAAAGCUCAAGAAAUUGAAAGUGAAGAAUUUUUUACACCUUCUCCUGAAUAUAGUAUAGGUAUGAAGGAAUUAUUAUCUAAUGAUGAGGUAUCAAAACAAGAUAUAUUAGAUAUAAUGAAUAAUGAACCUGAAAAAAUAAAAGAGGAUAUUAAUUUGAUAAACAAAGAUAAGAUAUCUAAGUCUAUGAAUAAUAAUCAAAUUGAAUCAAUUGAUGAUUAUAUAGAAAGUGAUUUAUUAGAUAUACAAUUUGAAGAUGAAGGUCAUUUACAUAAAGGUUUAGAAAAAGGAAUAGAAAAUGAAUUAGAUAUAGAAGAUAUGAAAAGUGAAUACAAUACUAAAAAUAAUAUUGUAGAUAAUUUGAUAGAUAAUGAGAUUGAUAAAGAAAGUAAUAAUAAUAAUAUUGAAGAUGGUAUUUCAAAUAAUUUUACAAAUAAUAAAAUUGAUAAAGAGAAUAGUAAUUAUAAUCUUGAAAAUAAUAGUUCAGAUAAUUUUAUAAAUGAGCUUGAUAAUCAGAAUCAAGAUAAUCUUGAAAAUAAUAUUUUAAAUAAUCUUAUAGAUAAAUAUAUUGAUAAGAAAGGAAAUGACUAUAACAAUGAUUAUGAUGAUUAUGAUGAUUAUGAUGAUUAUGAUGAUUACUAUAAUCAUAACGAUAAUUAUGAUAAUUUAUUGCUAAAUAAACAAAUAACCUCAGAAGAUAAUAAUAAUCAGCUAUUAGAUGGUUCUGAAAAUAUAAAUGUAAUAACAUCUCUAGAAAAAGCAAAAGAACUUCCAUCAACAUAUCCUCUUGGUGAUGGAAUACAAUCUUCUUUUAAAUUAUCUAAUAUUAAUUCAGUAUAUGGAGCUUUAAUAAAUGCAUUGAAAUAUCAUCAACUAAAUGGAAAAAUUUUACAUAAAACUAUACAAGAAAAUUUGACAAUCAAAGAGGUUCCAUUAGUAUUUAAUCAGAGGAUAUUAAAAAGAUGGAGAACUGUAAAUUUAUGUGGAGAAAACCAACAAGUACCAUUAUGGUAUAUGACAUCAAUUUCAACUGUAAAUGAAGAUAUAUCAGAAAAACCUUCAAAAGAAGAAUUAAUACUUUUAGAAGUAGAUUUUAAGGCAGUAUUCUCAAUACAUCAAAUUUCGCGUGGUGGUCAAGCUUGGUUACAACGAAAUAUAGUUGCAAGUAGAACAACAGUAGGAUUUCAAGAUAUCCUUAUACAAUCUGCUAUAGAUGGACUUUCUACUAUUGUAUCACUGCAAUGUUCAAAAAUUUUAAAUUUAUCAAUAUUAUCAAUAGAUGUUAAAAAAUGUAUACAAGAUUAUAUUGAUUCAUUAAAUUAUGGUCAAUAUAAAGCAUAUGGGCAUCUAAAAGACGAUAAUAAUAUAUCAAGAGGAAUUAAAGUUGGUAAACCUUAUAGUGGAAUUUUAGAAUCUCAACAUACUAAAGUUAGUGAAUUAAAAGACAAUUUACUUGAAGGUUCUGCAGAUAAUUCUACAGAUAAUUCUAUAGAUAAUUCUAUAGAUAAUUCUAUAGAUAAUUCUAUAGAUAAUUCUAUAGAUAAUUCUAUAGAUAAUUCUAUAGAUAAUUCUAUAGAUAAUUCUAUAGAUAAUUCUACAGAUAAUUUAAAAUUAUAUAAUAUUAAAGCUUUAAAAGAAGAUUUAGAAGAUAUUCCCAGUAAAUUUAUUGAAAAUAUAAACGAAAAACUACCUAAAACUAAUAAAAGUGUAAGAUUUUAUAUUGGAGAAGAUGUAUCAAAUACCAAGGAUAUUCAAAUAUUAGAAAUGGAUGAUAGAUUAGAAUUUUUAGCAAAUUCUGCUACUAAAAGAUUUAUUGAAGAAUCUAAAUUUAUAGAGAUGAAUGAAAAAGAACUUGAAAGAUUAUAUGAAGGAAGUCUUAUUAUGAAAAAAGAAGUUGAUACUUGGAAAAUUAUAGCUUCUUUUGCAGUAUUCAAACUUAAAAGUGAGAUUUACUGUUGUAUUAAAACUAAUAAGAAAUAUCUUAGCUAUUAUUAUAAUCUUGAUGAAUUUCUUGUACUUGAAACAAUGGCGAAAAAUAUAGAAGGAUCUCUUUUACUCACUGGUUAUUUUAGAAAAUUGAUAAAUAUAUUAAGUUCAAUCAAAAAUUUAUUAUCUAAAAGCAUUUUAGGUAAAUUAACUAUAACAGAGCUAGAAGAAUGUGAAGAUAAAUAUAAAGAAAUAGAUAUGAAAUUUGAGGACGUGAAAAUUGUUAAUCUUAAAAAUUAUUGUAUCUCUUUUAAACUUGCUGAUUGUUUAGAUACAAUAAAAAAUGAUUUCGAGAGGAGGAAAUUAUUAUAUCAACAUUUUAUUAAAAGGCAUCAUAAGUUAAAUAAAUAUCUUAAAAAUAUAUUGAAAUUCCUAAAAAUUAAUUUAAAUGAUAAUAAAUAUUUUAAUUAUGGAGAAGGGAUCAGUAGUGAUGAUGUACACAGAUAUAAACUUGGAAAGAAAGCUUUGAAAAAUUCCUUAUCCAGACAUGAAUAUAAUCGUGUAAAAUCAGUACGUAAAACUAACAUGAACCACCAUGCUGAUAUUGCUAAGGGUUAUAUUGAUGAUUUUUUAAAAGAAAAUAAUUUGAUUAUUAAAUAUACUCUAGAUAAGAUACCAAUCUUAGUAGAGUCUAACAGUAAAUAUACUAAUAUAAUCCCAUCUAUGAAAUCAAAAGGAGCAAAGAAAAAAUAA